AGCAGAUUUGUCUGGCUGCGAGGCUCGCCCGGAAUGGGGAAGACUGCGAUUUGCCUGAGCAUUGCGUCCUACUUCGAGAACCAGGGCACCCUAGCUGCAUCGUUCUUUUGGGACAAGAAUCAACCGGGAACGGGACUCGAUUCUAUUCAACAGUUUCCUUCCACUCUUGCAUGUCAACUCGCAUCCUUCCAUGAGGAGUUCAAGCUUGCACUUGUCAAACAUCUUCGGCAGCGAGGUCUUGAGCCCGUGCAGAAUCUCCCUCUAGAGAAGCAAAUGAGGGCUCUGGUUGUUGAGCCUAUGGGUGAUCUUAAGGACUUACUGUUGUCGAGCAAGGACCGCUUCAUCAUCAUCUUAGAUGGGUUGGAUGAGUGCGGGGAU